AUGGCUUCUCCAGCUCCUACCACAGCUGAAGGUCUUCCAGCAGACUCCGGCCAACCUGGUCAGUAUGACAACUCACAACACGAGGAAAGUCCCGAAUUUGUCGAAGAAAACUCUCCGAGCAAUGACGUCGGCUACGAUCAGGCACCGAGGCCUCAACCUAUGCAGAAACGACGACGUGUGACGCGCGCAUGCGACGAAUGUCGCCGCAAAAAGAUCAAGUGCGAUGGGAAGCAGCCAUGUACUCAUUGCACCGUCUACAGUUAUGAAUGCACGUAUGAUCAGCCGUCGAAUCGAAGACGCAAUGCCACGCCCCAAUAUAUCGAAUCCCUCGAAAGUCAAUUGAAGCGAGCAAAGGCCUUAUUGCACGUUGUCUUCCCGACCAUGGACUUGAACGACUCCAGUAUUGAUGCCCAUCUUCAAAGCGGAGUGUUACCGCAAUUGCCCGGAGCAGCGCCGCGACCACCACCAGUGAUGCCCACUGACUCGCAUGUGGCGCAGCAUCACGGAAUACCCCCAACUGAGGAGACUUCAGAUUCUCACUUGGAAGCAAUGGUUAAAGCAACUGGCCAGCUGGACUUGGACGAGGAAGGAAAGUGGGACUAUCAUGGCCACUCAUCAGGCCUGAGCUUCAUGAGAGGACUACGACAGUUUGGAGAUAUGUUUCAGGUUCCUCCAGACCAGUCACCGUCCCUCAAACAUCGAACAAUGUCUAAAGAUACGCCCUCUCCAAACUCCAUGCAGUCGCCAGCUGGAUCGUACAGCGCGUUGCCGCCUGGGACAGAACUACCGAGUAAGAAAGAAGCGUGGGCUCUCUGUGACCGGGCUAUUCUUAAUGCCAGUGCCUUGCUCAGAGUUGUUCAUUUACCUACAUUCUACAAACAGCUGAACCGAAUGUACGAGGUCCCACCGGAGAACUAUGGUACUUCAGAAAACAGCUUCCUACCGCUGCUAUAUGCCGUACUUGCUCUGGGUAAGCUUUUCGGGGAAGGAGACCAUGAGUUGGACAUAGCAAGUCACGACAGACUCACUGAGGAGGGAUUCAAGUAUUUCAAAGCCUCCCGCCAACUCCUGGACAUUGCCGACUGCAGAGACUUGACCUCACUCCAGGCGAUCAUCUUCAUGAUCCAAUUCCUACAGUCAUCAGCCAAGCUCAGUACCUGUUACGCCUACAUAGGAGUUGCCCUACGAUCUGCAUUACGCAUGGGACUGCACCGUUCGUUCCACAUGAACUUUACUCCGAUUGAAACCGAAACACGAAAGCGCAUAUUCUGGGUACUUCGAAGAAUGGAUACAUAUGUUGGUGCGAUGCUAGGAUUGCCACACUUUUUGGAAGAAGAGGACAUUGAUCAGCAAUACCCAGUUGAAGUAGAUGACGAGUACAUCACGGAAACGGAGAUUCUUCCUAUGGCCGAGGGUAGCAUAUCGGUGAUGGCUGCCUUCAAUGCCCAUACAAGGAUCGUACAGGUGCUGAGCAAAAUUUGCAAAUACGUGUAUCCUAUAAAGGGGACGCAGUCGGAUGGAACAAAUUCUGUGACGUAUACGGUGAGCUAUUCCAAGAUUCGAGAACUUGAGCAAGAUCUAGCGCAGUGGCUAGAUGAAUUACCCAUGGCGCUGAAACCUGGUGGGGAAGCUCCCCCCAUCAUCAUCAGAGUUCAACAGCUCCUGCGAAUGGCCUUCGGGCACGCGCAGCUACUGCUUUACCGACCGUUCCUGCAUUAUGUCUCGCAAUCGUACAAGGACAAAACAGUCGAUCAGAGAGCGUUCGCAUGUGCCUCGGCGCGAGGUCUACUGGCUGGAGCGUCUUGGUUUUCUAUGUACACCACUUUUUUUGCCAUCGUCUCAGUCCUUUACUUCGUCCUAGAGAAUCCAACCAGCCCCACGAGUUUUGAGCUGCUCCGAGAUGCUGUCGAGGGCAAGGAGGUGCUGGCGUUCUUCGCUAAGCGCAGUAUGGCGGCGGAUAGGUGCAGCACCAUGCUUCAAAGCAUGUUUGAGAAGCUGCCUGAAUCCAUCAGACAUGGUGGAGAAAUUCUUGAGUCUAGAAAACGACGACAGGAAAGCUCACCACAGCUUGCCGGACGCCCCGAUUUCCUAAAGCAAGAUGACUUCAUGGGCCCUCGUCGUGCCAGUACCUUCCCAGAGAGCAUACCCAACUCCAAGCGUACCGCUCAUGGCCACUCGCUGCCUAUUUCCCAAACGCACCUCGCGAACCUAGGUCUAGAUCCCGCCUAUAAUUCACCCUCGGCGACGAACCCCGAAUACUUUGAUGCAGUCCCUAGUCUUACGCCCACAUCGUCUACCGCCAGCCUGGCAAGUUUUGGUGUCGCCCAAACACACAUGCCGCAGCAGAGAUCAUCGUUCCCUCCGACACCCUUGACUAGUUCAUUCACAGAUCCUUCAGGCUUGAAUAUCCCAAUUUCCGACAUCUCGACUAUGAUGUUUCCUUCUACUGACCCAUUGGCGUAUCCAAACCAACCCAUGACCAUGUUCGAAAAUACACACCCACACGUAUUUGACCGUAACACCAGCUCCCCAAUUGUAGGCGGUAUUCCGCAUCAAAUGUCUGGCAUCGACAUCAAGCCGCAUCCCGCCAAUUUCCCUCCGACUGGUAUGUCCUCUGGGCCUGGUAGACGACUGAACGACAAUGAUGUACAGUUAUUCGGUCCUAUGCCGAUGUAUAUGAUGCACGGUGCACAAGCACAAGCACACCGGGGGUUUCCGCCUCAACCCGGGGGUUCUCUCAUGCAGAUGCCAGGACCGAACGUCCAAUUCGGUGAUUUGAUCAAUCAGGAGGAAUGGGCGCAGACAUUCCUGGAUCCUGGCAUGGGCCUGAACAACGGACGGCAACCGUUUAAUGCUUCGCAUUUUGGUCCUCAAGGCUCGGGCGGCUGGCGAUGA